UUGAAAAAAACUCUCUUAUAAAAAUAGUUCAUUAAUCAGCUGAAUUCAAAACGUGAAGAAAGUUAUAAAGAAAUUAAAAGAAGAAAAGCAAGAUGGCAAUGGUUGGAGGUGUUUCAGAGAAUAAGGGUUCAGAGAACAGCUUGGUGAUCAAUGAUCUUGCCAAAUUUGCUGUUGAUGAGCAGAACAAGAAACAGAACUCAAUACUGGAGUUCCGGAAGGUUGUAAAUGUGAAAGAGCAAGUAGUAGCUGGUACGUUGUAUUACAUUACUUUGGAGGCAAAUGAUGCAGGAAACAACAAUGAAGUUCAGUAUUAUGAAGCUAAAAUUUGGGUUAAACCAUGGUUGAACUUUAAGGAGUUGCAAGAUUUCAAGUUUCUUGGGGGUACUCUGCCAAUAGAUGGUACUGCCUUGUGAUUUCGUUCUUGGUUAUGUUUCUUUUCGUUGUAAUCAGCUGUUAAAGGAUGAAGCUGUUCAUGACUUGAUUCAGGACAGCUUAACAGCCUGAACUUCUGAAGACCUGAACAUCUGAUUAUCAAAUUGUGUUUGUUUUUUUACAUGUUAUCGUUGGAUAUGACAGAUUAUGUUAUUGUAUAUGUAUAUGCUACUGAAACUAUAGCUAGUGAAUUCUACUUUAAUGUUUAUAGAAUUGAACACACACACAACGAUUUGAAUGCAA